GUUUCUGGUGAGCAAAGAGGGCUAGAAGAUAGAAAGCCGGGUGUCAGUGCCUACCUUCUCCUCUGAGGUGCACAUCCAUCCCAGCUGCUGCGCUACCACGUUUGGGAUUUCCUUGAAAAAAGCUGAGUUACUCAGCAGGUUUCUUCAGCAGUAGUACAGCAGUGGCUUGUGGUGAACAUGAACAUCCUGCAAGUCCUGGUCCUCCUCCAGCUGCUGGCUGUUCCUGCUUUUACACUUACACAGCCAGUCCAGGACUACUGGGGGGAGUUUGGGGCCUAUGGACCCUGCAGCCGGACCUGCGGCAUCGGGGUCGCUAUGAGAACUAGGACAUGUAUCACCUCAAGGACAGAUGGUGGACACAACUGUGUAGGAUCCUCCAAGUCCUUCCGUACCUGUAAUACCCAUGCAUGCCCGGUGGGAGCCAGGGACUUCAGGGAGGAGCAGUGCUCUGAGUUUGACAGAAUGGAUUUUCAAGGCAAACGUCACUCGUGGGUGCCUUACUAUGGAGCACCUAAUCCAUGUGAGCUGAACUGUGUGCCAAGAGGACAGAAUUUCUUCUAUCGACACAGACCCACGGUGGUAGAUGGGACUCCGUGCUAUGUGGGACGCACUGACAUCUGUGUUGAUGGCGUUUGUCGGAUGCUGACUCAUGGAGAGUUUAUGGGCUUAGAUAACGACACACGCCCUGUUCACUCCAUUGCUCCUGUCGCCCCUCAUCCAAGAGAGACACUGGCAUAUUACUACAGGACUGGUGCGUAUGGCGAGUGCUCCGCAACCUGUGAUGGAGGCAUGCAGUAUCGAAGCGUGGACUGCGUUGCUCAGGAUCCAUCAAACCCCCGCGUGGUGGAUGACUCUUAUUGCAUCACCCAGCGGCUGCAGAGGCCGCCGAGUCAGCAGGCCUGCAACAUGCACCAGUGUUCUGCAUAUACUGGUAUAACCUGGCAUGUUACAGCUUAUGGACUUUGCUCUAGAAGCUGCGGCGGAGGUACGAGGGAGAGGCAGGUCGGCUGUUUUGACACAGCUCUGAACCCCUACCCCGAGGAGCGAUGUGGGCUUGCAAGCAGACCUGUAUCUAUGGAAAGAUGCAAUUCCCAGCCUUGCAGUAGACCUCAAAUGGUUCCAAGUGUUCAGGUCCCUGGGGCGGGUGCAAGCCCGGGUGGAUUUGUGCCAUAUGUUACUGGAGAAACUCAAGCUCUUCACUGUGUUGACUCAGUAUACGGCUGCUGCCCGGAUGGUCGCACCCCUGCAACUGGACUCGGGUACCAGGGCUGCUCACAAGACGACUGUGUUCGCACCAGGUUUGGCUGUUGUUUAGAUGGAGUGACACCAGCUCGAGGAUAUGGAAGAGCUGGAUGCCCUGAUUAUCAGACAACUGGCGUUGGAAUGCUUACAGGUGCGGAUUAUGACAUUAACUCCGUUCACUCCAGUGGUCCUGUUGGCCCCAGAGAGACACACCCGUACUUCUACAGGACCGGCGUCUACAGCGAGUGCUCCGCCACGUGUGCUGGAGGCUUGCAAUAUCGCAGCGUAGAGUGUGUGGCUCAGGAUCUAUCGACCCCCCGGGUGGUGGACGACUCUUACUGCAUCGCCCAGGGUCUGCAGAGGCCUUCGAGUCAACAGGCCUGCAACGGGCAUCCAUGUGGUCCAGAGUACAGCGUCUCCAGCUUCAGUGUGUGCUCAGUGACAUGUGGGGAAGGGCAGCAGACAAGGGAAGUGAGGUGCGUGGGACCAAGAGGGGAACAACUGCCGGACCGUGACUGUCGAGGACUGGCAAGACCUCCUUCGGUCCAGACCUGUCGCAGACCUGCCUGUCACACACAUAUAACCUGGCAUGUGACAGAGUAUGGACUUUGCUCUAGAAGCUGCGGUGGAGGUGUGAGGGAGAGGCAGGUCAGCUGUUUUGACACAGAUCUGAACCCAUACCCCGAGGAGCGAUGUGGACUAGAGAGCAGGCCUACAACUGUGGAGUCAUGCAAUACACAGCCCUGCACCAGAGCACAGAUGGUUCCAAGUGUCCAGGACCGAGGGUCAGGUAGAACCCCCACUAGAGGAUUUGUUCCUCAUGUUCAAGAUCCAGCUUCAAUUUCAGGACCAGCCUCCUACCCUCCUGUUACAGGUCCUCACUGUGCACAGUCUAUGUAUGGAUGCUGUCCUGAUGGCCAUACGUCGGCAACUGGACCCAGGAACCGGGGCUGCCCACAAGAUGACUGCUCUCGCAGCAGGUAUGGCUGUUGUCGAGAUGGAGUGACUCCAGCUCAAGGAGCUGGAGGAGCCGGAUGCCCCGAGUAUCAGACAACUGAGCUCUACCCAUCAGACCCGGUUAGUCCUUCCACUGUGUGCUCCUUGCCUCGUGAUGAAGGUACCUGUGAUAGCUGGGUUGUCCGGUUUGCCUAUGACUCAGUCGCUCGCAAAUGUAUGGAGUUCUGGUAUGGAGGCUGCACAGGCAACUCCAAUAACUUCAUGUCCAUGGAUGCUUGCCAGAGAGAGUGUGGUGGUGUGAGGGCAGACCCUGCACCUGCACCUGCACCUGCACCUCGAAGGGUUACUCCAAGUACAAGAGCAUAUGGUGGCAGUGCCAGAAUGAGAGCUCUCCGCUCUCGUCUCCAGUACCGGGGAUAGCUGACACAACGCCUCUGUAAAGCACUUGCACAGAUAUGAAGCUGUUGUGGAUACAUGUAAUGGCCCAAUAUCUUGCUUAUGCUUUUCCCUUUAAUUCCACUCCUGCUUGUAAUAUAUAGUUGGUCAACAUAUGAAACUCCAAAUAAGCAUGUAUGGUAACAUUUGCCACAUUGUGUGCCUCAAAUAAACAUUUGGUUUCACUGAAAAAUAGCUUUAUAGCCAUUAAGACUGAUGUAAUUAUAGUUCUUGGUUCUGUUUUCCAUCUCUUUUUGAUCAUUGUAAAUGCCUUUUUGGUAAACAUAUUCAUUUGUACAAUCUGUCUUUUGGAAAUUUAAAUCAAUAAAAUAAUACAUUUUAAGACUGAUUACUUAUGUCAAAUCUAUUUUUAAAAUGUCUGUCUUCUGGUUUCUUUGCAUAUGUUGUACUGUGAUUUCUGUCUCACUCAAUUGGCAUU